CGCAAAGGCGCCUCCGAACUCUCUCAACUAAAUCAAUGGUGGAGGCGAACGGCACCAGCACCGCCGCCGCGAGGGCGCUGCCCGCGAUCGUCAAGGCUGUCCCCUCGGGCGACACCGUCCUCGUGAUGGGCGCCGACUCGAGCCGCGGCCCGCCGCCCGAGAAGCUAAUCUCCCUUACGGGCAUCACGGCGCCCCGGCUCGCCAACCGCUCGACCGACGACAGCCCGUGGGCGUGGGCGUCCCGGGAUUUCCUGCGCCGGCUCGUCAUCGGCAAGCCCGUCACCUUCGUCAUCGAGGCCCCCGCGUCGACCGUGCCGGGCGGGCCGACGGGCGGCCCUCCUCGUGAGUUUGGGACCGUCUACUUCGAGGGGCUGCCCCUGCAGCAGCACAUCGUCGCGGCGGGCUGGGCGCGGCUCAAGGGCGUGGCGCUGCAGGACGAGGUGCUCGCGCCGAUCGAGGCGGCAAGCAAGGAGGAGGGGCGCGGCGUGUGGAACGAGGCGUCGGCCGCGUCGAGCGUCCGCUCCAUCAAGUGGGCUGGCAGCUUCGACGCGGCCGGCCUCGUCGCGGCGUUCGGGCGGCAGCCGCAGGAGGCGAUCAUCGAGCACGUGCCGUCGGGCUCCUUCCUCCGCGCCCUGCUCCUCCCCGGCUUCGAGCAGGUGACGCUCUCGCUGUGUGGCACGCAGUGCCCGCCCCUCAAGCGCGGCGAGGACGGGGUUGAGGAGGCGGCGCCCUUCGCGCGGGAGGCGCGCUUCUUCGUCGAGUCGCGGCUGCUGCACCGCUCGGUCCAGAUUGCGCUGCAGGGCGUCGACAAGAACGGCAGCCUGCUCGCGGAGCUUCGCGAGGCGGAGCGGCAGGCGAAGGCUGGCCGGCUCCGGCUGUGGCGCGAGUACGUCCCUCCGCAGGCGGCGAGCGAGCUGCUCGGGCGGGUGGUCGAGGUCGUGUCUGGCGACACGCUCGUCGUGGCCGACGCGGCGAACAACGAGACUCGCUACUCGCUCUCGUCGAUCCGCUGCCCGCGCAUGGGGCGCGAGCCGGAGCCGUACGCCGCAGAGGCAAAGGAGGCGCUCCGCAGGCGCGUGCUCUGCGAGAGGGUCCGCGUCACACCAGAGUACCACCGCUCCUUCGAGGGGCAGGGGGGAGGAGUGCAGGAGCGGCUCUUCGCCGCCGUCCUCUUCGACAAAGCGGACCGCAACGCCGCCGAGGCGCGUCGCCUCGCCUCCGUCUCAAAGCACGGCGGCGCCGAGGAGCGGUCCGCGCACUACGACGCUCUCUGCGACGCCGAGGAGCACUCGAUGCCGCGAGGAGGCACUGGGUGUGGGGCGGACGCCAUCGCCGCGAAGAAGGGGAUGCACUCGGGAGCGCCGCCCAAGAAGGGGGCGGCGGUGACGGACCUCUCGCUCCCCGCCUCCAAAGAGCGCGCAAAGUCAUUCCUCUCCAACUUCACGCGCGGAGGGAAGCUGCGCGGCGUCGUGCAGUACGUCCUCUCCGGCUCGCGCCUCAAGGUCCUCCUCCUCAAGGACCACUGCCUCGUCACCCUCGCGCUGGUGGGCGUCCGCUGCCCCGCCUGCGCGCGCCGCGACUCGCCCUCCUCGGGCGAGCCUUUCGGCGACGAGGCGCUCGCCGCGACGCGCGGAUUCUGCCUGCAGCGCGAGGUCGAGGUUGAGAUCGAGUCCGUCAACGACAAGACGGGCAACCCGCGCGGCAGCGUCUUCAACGGCACGCUCAUCCUGCCCGACAAGCGCAACCUCUCGCUCGUGCUGCUCGAGGCGGGGCUCGCCAGCCGCUUCGGCGCGGCGGCCGACCGCUCCGUCCACGCGGCGGACCUCGCCAAGUCGGAGGGCGUGGCCAAGGCUGCCGGCCUCAAGGUUUGGGAGGACUACUCCGAGGAGGCGGCCGCCGAGGAGGCGGCGGCGAACGCGGCGGCCGCCGCGUCGGAGAUGGAGCCGAUCCCCGACGCGCAGAAGCAGCGCGUCGAGCUCACACUCACCGAGAUAGCCGACGGCGCCCACUUUUACGCGCACGUGGCGGGCGACGACACCGUCGCGCGGCUGCACGCCAAGCUGGCGUCCGCGUGCGCCGGCCCGCCGCCCGCGAUGGCCUUCGAGCCAAAGGUGGGCGCGGUCUGCGCGGCGCGCUUCUCGCAGGACAACGAGUGGUACCGCGCAAAGGUGACCAAGCGCGACAAGGGCUCGUACACCGUCUUCUUCCUCGACUACGGCAACUGCGACGUCGUCUCCGCCGAGCGGGUGCGGCCGCUCGACCCGACGCUCGCGCCGUCCGUCCUCUCGGCGCAGGCGGUCGAGUGCCGGCUCGCCCACCUCAUCGUCGACGAGCCGAGCAGCGAGGACGGCGAAGAGGCCGCCCUCCUCCUCGGAGACGCCGCGUGGGGAAAGACAGUCGUCGCGCGCGUCGAGGACCGCGCGUCGGGCGUCUUGCUCGUGACGCUCUUCGACGCGGCGCAGUCGUGCGUCAACGAGAAGCUGGUCGCCGCCGGCCUCGCGCGCGGGCACGUUGGCAUGUGGCGCUACGGAGACAUCGAGGAGGACGACGCGCACGAGUUUGGCUUCCGCAGGCCCGCGCCUGCGCCCGCGCCAAAGGGCAACCCGUGGAAGAAGUGA